AUAUCUCCAGAAACCACCUUAAAAGCUGACAAAUCCCCAGCUUUUCUCUUAUACCACUGGUUCAUCAGAGUUCAUCUGAGUCAUAGUUUCUUCAAGAUCUAGCUGGUUCUGCAUCUUCAAAAGAAAAAGAAAUGGCUUCCGAGAAGAACAGCUCAAGAGGGUUUGAAAGUAGCGGUGGUAACAGUAACAUGAAGCAAGGAAUCUCUUUGGAAGAAGCAUCCCACACAAAUGGCACAGCCAAAUCCAAUAUGGGGAAGGAAUUGGCACGACGAGCUCUUUUGAGGUCUCAUCAACGUCGUAAUGGAAGAAGGAAAGCUGCAAAUAACAGCGUCAAAUCGUUGCCAAGCAGGUUGAGCAAAGUUUCGCUGGCAGAUGACUCGGGAGAAUGAAGUCCUGUAGGUAUGGGGCACAACUCACAAUUUAUAGUUUUCACAAAGGCAAGCAAAUUGCCACUUAUGGCCAUUAUGGAAGUUUAAAGUAAGAUUUAUUUUCUACUGCCUUUGUCGCCAGUCAGAUUGUCAAACUUUACAUUCAUGGACAGUUGUCAGGCUUUGGUUAUAAUAGUUUAUGUGAUAGAGAUGACAGACACAA